AAAAAUAAUUGCCGGCUGCCUUCCAGGUCAAAGGGAAGCGAUCGGCCAUUAUUUGGAGGCCGAUGCUUCCCUCCGCCCACCAGGCCGAUGCUUCCCUCCACCCACCAUCUCUCUCUCUCUCUCUCUCUCUCUCUCUCUCUCUCUCUCUCUCUCUCUCUCUCUCUCUCUCCAUUAUAUAGAUGCCCUCACAGAUGAAUCAACCAUAGCAUUCAUUUCUGCAAGCAGAAGAGGGAGAGUGAAAGAGAGAGAGAGUCUGACCCGGAAAAACCCAAACAGGGAAUAACAAAAUGUCUGCUGCUGAAGCUACCCUGCCUCUUCUUACUCCAUACAAGAUGGGAAAAUUCAAUCUUUCUCAUAGAAUUGUUUUAGCACCAUUAACCAGACAAAGAUCUUACAACAAUGUGCCUCAGCCACAUGCCAUCUUAUAUUACUCUCAGAGAACCACCAAAGGAGGUCUUCUCAUUGCUGAAGCCACUGGAGUUUCUGAUACUGCUCAAGGGUAUCCGGAGACCCCUGGUAUAUGGACAAAGGAGCAAGUUGAAGCCUGGAAACCCAUUGUAGAUGCUGUUCAUGCCAAAGGUGGUAUUUUCUUUUGUCAGAUUUGGCAUGUGGGAAGGGUUUCAAAUGAAGGUUUUCAGCCUAAUGGGCAAGCUCCAAUAUCUAGCACAGACAAACCAUUGACACCUCAACUUAGAAGUAACGGUAUUGACGUUGCAAAUUUCACACCUCCACGGCGGCUAAGAACAGAGGAAAUCCCUCAGAUUGUCAAUGAUUUUAGGCUUGCUGCCAGGAAUGCUAUGGAAGCUGGUUUUGAUGGAGUGGAGAUUCAUGGGGCUCAUGGCUACCUAAUUGACCAGUUUUUGAAAGACCAAGUCAAUGACCGAACGGACAAAUAUGGUGGAUCUCUUGAAAAUCGUUGCCGAUUUGCUUUAGAAAUAGUUGAAGCAGUUGCUAAUGAGGUGGGAGCGGAUAGAGUUGGGAUAAGGCUCUCUCCCUUUGCACACUAUAUGGAGUCAGGAGACUCAAAUCCAAAAGCUCUGGGCCUUUAUAUGGUCAAAUCCUUGAAUAAAUAUGGGAUUUUGUACUGCCACAUGGUCGAGCCAAGGAUGACAACAGUAGGAGAAAAAAGUGAAUGCCCCGACAGUCUUCUACCCAUGAGAAGGGCUUUCAAGGGUACCUUCAUUUCUGCAGGUGGCUACCACAGGGAAGAUGGGAACAAUGCAGUGGCUAAGAACCAUACAGACCUCAUUGCUUUUGGGCGUCUGUUCUUGGCGAACCCGGAUUUGCCUAGGAGAUUUGAGCUCAAUGCUCCUCUCAACAAGUACAAUAGGAACACUUUCUACAUACCUGACCCUGUGGUUGGUUACACUGAUUAUCCAUUUCUUGGAACUUCUGCUUAAUUUGAUUCCCAAAUCAGUAGGAUGGGAACUUGAAUUCCUCCUCAUUGUUGUCUUAUAACUCAUAUCCUGGAUCCAUCUUGAACUUUUUCCUUGGAGAGGUCAUUUUAUUGUAUUCUGAUUGUUGAAGAAAAUAUUUAUUUAACAGAAA